AUGUCCUUCUUCUCCUACGUUGCCUCGGGCAUCAGCUCGUUCGUCGUUGUCACGCUCUCCUUAUUUGCUCUCGGCCAGAAAGUUCCCCGCGCCGCUUUCGUUGCUCGCUGCCUGGCAGCCUACGGCUCGCUCCUCCUGUGCGCCACCUAUGGCGUAGUGGCCUCGAUUGUCUUGCGCCUGGCCGGCUACGGCCGGGUUUCGCAAUGGGCCACGGCGCGCAGCUUCAAAUGGGUGAUGCGGUAUACGACCGGUGUACAGUUCGAUAUCGUGGAGGGUGUCGAGCACCUGUCGACUCGCCCGGCGGUGUUCAUCUCCAACCACCAGUCCGAGCUGGACGUGCUCAUGCUGGGUGCCAUCUUCCCUCCCUACUGCAGCGUCACGGCCAAGAAGUCGCUCAAAUAUGUGCCCUUCCUCGGCUGGUUCAUGGCCCUGUCCCGGACGGUCUUCAUUGACCGUGCCAACCGCGAAACGGCCGUCAAGGCGUUCGACAGCGCCGCCGCGGAGAUGCGUCAGCACCGCCAGAGCGUCUUCAUCUUCCCCGAGGGCACCCGAAGCUACUCCGACAACCCGGAGUUGCUGCCGUUCAAGAAGGGCGCUUUCCACCUGGCUGUCAAGGCUGGUGUGCCCAUUGUUCCCGUCGUCACGGAGAACUACUCCCACGUCCUGUCUCCCCGCAAUAUGCGAUUCAAUGCGGGGACUAUCAAGAUCAAGGUUCUGCCGCCUAUCAGCACCGAGGGUCUGACCGCCGCCGACGUCGACAGUCUCACCAAGUCUACGCAAGCGUCGAUGCUCAAGACUCUCCUCGAACUGUCGGAGAAGGACAAGACGGAGAUUGGCUCUGCUGUCGCCAAUGGCACCUCCACUGCCGUCGAGAUCUAG